AACAAACGGGAGAUCAGUGCAGUGCCUUUAUUUAAGUAGUGAAGAGGUUCAAUAUUAAUAUAUAUUGUUCCUGAUUUAUUUUUAUUUUUUAUAAAUAUAAUUUAAUAACACAUAACCAAUCAUGAGGAAAAUUGUGUUUUCGUGUCUUUUGCUGAUCGCAGCCCAUGCCGCGUACGCUCACCCCGCCGCCGAUGAGGGUGCAGCUCCGGUUAUUGACGAAAAUGCCGGACUUGAAAAAAUCUACAAAGUCAUGCAAGAAUGUUCCGAAAAGAACGUAGCCACCUGUUUGAAAAUGAGAGCUUUACAAUAUGUUGACCAUGCUCUCCGUCGGUCUGACGAUAUCGACGUCUUCGAAGGUAUCAGUUUGGUAAAAACUGGACCAGUUGAAUCUUCCCGUGGACUUAAUGGACGUUCUUUAUCUGAAUCUGAAUUGGACGAUAACGCAGCCAAAGAUGGCGAUGACAAAGAUGCCGCUGUCGAAAACCUUUUGUUGGACCGUAUCGCUAGAUUCUUCGAAAGCCACACUCUCCAACUUAAAGUCCCUGAAUCCAGCAUCUCUGGCAUGAGGAGAUCUCUCGAAGAAGCCCGAGGCAAGAAGAAGAAGCAACAAAAAAUGUUGAUGCCUUUGUUGAUGAUGUUGAAAAUGAAGGCCAUCGCUCUUAUACCUUUGGCUAUUGGUGCCCUCGCCUUAUUGGCAUUCAAAGCUCUCGUUGUCGGUAAGAUCGCUCUUGUCUUGGCCGUUAUCAUCGGAAUCCAAAAAUUGUUGGCUAACAAACACACCCCAUCCGUCGAAGUUCAUCCACAUUACACCGAAGAACACGGUCACCAUUACAAACGGUCAUUGGACGCCCAAAAUAUGGCUUACCGUGGUCAACAUUAAUUACCUUAAGAUCAUAACAUAGCGGAACCCUAUUCCUUAUGUGAAUCUCCACUAACCAUCUAGUGAUGAUAACUUAUUUGUAAAUAGAUAAAAACAAAACGUACCCAAAACUUAAUUUAUUUGAAAACAUAAUUUCAUUAUUGACAUUAUUUUACGUUUAUUCUCGUUUGUUACUUUUGCAUUUCUAUAUUCAUCUGUCUUGAAAUAUUCGGUAUUCACAGACUAUUAAUGUAGCUCGUCGUAUCAUCAAUGACCGAUAACGGUUUCUAUCUAACCAGUUUUCAGAUAAAGUUCACGUGUUUACGAGGAACGCAGGCCCCCAUUAAAAAACGGAAGUUAACCUAUUGGCAUAUACACGCGUUGUAUAUUUAGGUCAACUAAUACAAAAUAUUAACGAAAAAGGGUAAUAUAUUCCAAAACUUGUUUCAAAAUAUCUAUAGUAGAAAUUAUUAGAAAUACAUUCUCUUGGCUAGCGCCAUAUUGACCUUCUAUCUGACUACUCGUUUUACCUAACACGCGCGCUCUUCUUUCGAUAUUAAUGUAUGACUAUCAUGACUGACUAAAUAUAACUACCUACUAAAAUAAACUUGUACGAUUAACCAAAGACUACAAGACCUGACCGAACAGCAUAGCUUACAGACCAAUGUUAUUAUUUAUUUUAUUUAAUUAAUUGUAAUAUGACGUUUUACCAUUGUACUGAAUGAUGUACAUCAAAGACUUAUUUAAAUAAAACAAUUUUGUUCGAUGUA